AUGAAGUACUUUAUUAAUCUCUUUAGGAAGCCAACGCUUUUGGUUGCUGCUUUUUUAACUGUUACUACUGUCUUUGCAGAGACUGUUCCUACUACUUCUCAAGUUAAGCUCAAGGCUUAUACUUGGAAUGGUUCUACUUUAUCUGGUCAAAUUUAUGUUCAAAAUAUAGCUUAUACAAAAGCAGUUGCUAUAAUUUACUCUGAUGGCUCUAACAACUGGAAUAAUAACGGAAAUCAAAUUGCUGCUUCUUAUUCUAAUGCUAUUUCAGGCUCGAACUAUGAAUAUUGGGAUUUUACUGCUUCUAUUAAUGAUAUUAAACAGUUUUACAUCAAAUAUAAUGUGAAUGGUAAAACUUAUUAUGAUAAUAAUAAUAAUGCAAAUUAUCAAGUUACAAAAACUUCACCUACUACUACUACUACUACGACGACGACGACGACGACGACGAGUCCUACUUUUAUUCCUUCUAUUGAUUUCCCUACAGGUAAUACCACUAUUACUUCUUGGCUCAAGACUCAGAUUGAAACCAGUCGUUAUGCUAUGCUCCGUAACAUAAAUCCUCCAGGUUCUGCUAAAGGUUUUAUUGCCGCUUCUUUAUCAACUGCCAAUCCUGAUUACUAUUAUGCCUGGACUCGUGAUUCAGCUUUAACCUCAUAUGUCAUUGCUAAUGAUUAUAAUUCUACUCUGGCUGGUAAUUCAACCCUUCUUCAAAUCUUGAAAGAUUACGUUACUUUUUCUGUUAAAAGUCAAUCUACUUCUACCGUUUGUAACUGUCUAGGUGAGCCUAAAUUUAAUCCUGAUGGCUCUAGUUAUACAGGUGCUUGGGGAAGACCACAAAAUGAUGGUCCUGCUGAACGAGCUACUACUUUUAUUUUGUUUGCUGAUAGUUAUCUUAAGCAAACCGGUGAUGCUAACUAUGUUACUGGAACCCUUAAGCCAGCUAUCUUUAAGGAUUUGGAUUAUGUUGUUAAUACUUGGUCUAAUGGAUGUUUUGAUUUAUGGGAAGAAGUCAAUGGUGUUCAUUUUUAUACUUUGAUGGUGAUGCGUAAGAGCUUGGUUCGCGGUGCUCAUUUUGCUUCUCGUAACAAUGACUCCACUCGUGCUAAUACCUACACGAAAACAGCUGCCUCUAUCAAGACAAAGAUCGACUCUUUCUGGUCCUCUAGCAAUAACUAUGUCGCUGUUAGUCAAAGUGUAACUGCGGGUGUCAGUAAGGCUGGUUAUGAUGUUGCUAAUCUUAUUGCUGCUAAUGUGGGUAGCACUCAAGAUGGCUUCUAUACUCCUGGUUCUGAUAAGAUUCUAGCUACCGCAGUUGCUGUUGAAUCCAGAUUUGCCUCUCUCUACAGUAUUAACAAUGCCAAUUUACCAAAUUAUCUUGGUAAUGCAAUUGGUCGUUACCCUGAAGAUACCUAUAAUGGGAAUGGCAAUUCCCAAGGUAACCCAUGGUUUUUAGCCACGAAUGCCUAUGCAGAGCUUUACUAUCGUGCAAUUAAAGAAUGGUAUAACAACGGUGGUGUAACUGUAAAUAAUAUCAAUCUGGCAUACUUUAAGAAAUUCGAUCCGUCAGCUACGUCUGGAACCCACUAUAAGGUGGGCACAACAGCUUUUAAUAACAUGGUAUCCAAUGUUGCUCAUGCUGCUGAUCGAUUUUUGUCAACUGUUAAAUUCCAUGCUUAUCCAAAUGGCUCCAUGAGCGAACAAUUUGGUCGUAACGACGGCUUCUGUACUGGGGCUCGUGAUUUAACUUGGUCUCAUGCUUCCUUAAUCUCUGCUGCUCUUGCCAAGGCUGGUACACCUUCAGUUUAA